AUGGGACAUAUCGACGGCGCUGAGGUUGCGAAGCACACCAAAAAGAACGAUUGCUGGAUUGUGCUGGAUUCUCAUGUGUACGAUGUGACAAGCUUCUUGCCUGAGCACCCGGGCGGUGCGCCGAUCAUAUUGAAGAACGCUGGAACUGAUGCGACAGACGAAUUCAAGAAGUACCACCCAUUGAGUUACCUGAAGGAUUACAUUGAUCAAAAGUCCGUCCUAGGACCAAUUGAUCCCAACACCCUUGGACAACUACGAGAACCGCAAAAGGAGGAAGCCAAGAUGCCAUCAGAGACAAACACAUCACCUGGCAUUCCGCAUGUAUCAUUAUGCGUAUCAACACCAGAUUUCGAGAUUGCUGCAAAAGCUGUUCUACCGCACAAAUCCUACAUAUACGCAUCUGGGUCAGCCAAUACAGGCGCAUCACUCAAAGGCAAUCUCGAUGACUGGGGCCGCAUUAUUUUCCGCCCGCGCGUGAUGCGCAACGUAGGCGACGUUGACACGCGCCACAAGAUCCUCGGCCACAGCUCACCAUACCCAUUCUACAUUUCACCAAUGGGAACUAUCGGCGCCAUACAUUCAGACGCCGAACUAGCGAUGGUUCGGGGCGCGGUGCGCAAAGGCGCGCAUAUGGUAGUGAGCACUGCAAGUACCAAGUCCAGCGACCAGAUUAUGCAGAGCUAUGUGGACGAGCAAGCGAUACUGAAGAACGGAAGUCCGACGCAGCUUUUCUACCAGUACUACAUGCCUGUCGACCGAAAGAAGGCAAUCGAGCUGAUGCAUCUGGUCAAAAAGGCUGGGUAUAAAGGUCUCUGGAUCACAGUCGACACACCGGUCCUGGGGAAGCGAACGGCUGAUCGUUACCUUCAAGCUGAAGAAGCGCUGGCUGUUGGAUUGACAGAGGAGCCCACCGCUGAGUGGGAGACUGACAGUGCGCCUGAGAAAGAUAACACAGCAGGCAGCGACAACGCUUUUGCGCCAGCGAUGGGUGGAAGAGUUGUCAGCGGCCAGCUCAGCCCGCACACAACAUGGGAAGAUCUAGAAUGGAUACGCAAAGAAUGGGACGAUCCGAUCGUGCUGAAGGGCAUUCAGACUGCCGAUGACGCAAAACUAGCACUAGACUAUGGAUGCGAUGGCAUUCUGCUUAGCAAUCAUGGCGGACGACAGAUGCACACUGCGCCGAGCGCGCUGAUGACGCUGCUGGAGAUCAGGACUUAUUGUCCUGAAGUCAUUGGCAAGCUGGAGAUUUUUCUCGACGGCGGGCUGCGAGACGGAAAUGAUGUGCUGAAGGCGCUGUGUCUGGGUGCGACGGCGGUCGGUGUUGGUAGGCCGUUCUUGUAUGCGCUUGCGGCAUAUGGGACCAAAGGCAUCGAGCGGUGCGUUGAUGUACUUGCCGAAGAGCUACAGACGGGUAUGCGCCUUUUGGGUAUCACAUCACUAGAUCAGUGCAGGCCGGAGAUGGUGAACGCCAGCCGAUUGCUGAACGAGAUGUGGCGACCAGAGCAUGCCAUGCUGAAGAGUCGAUUGUAA